UUGCUUUUUCUUCUGAAGACAGUAAUAAUAAUCUCUUUGAGGUAUCAUUAGAUGAAGCGAAUGAAGUGUUGUCAGAGCCAUUUGAACAUCAUAAUAGUAUCAAUAACCUCAUCUUAACUGAAAAUCCUGAAGAUAUUCUACCUAAAGAGUUUUUUGAAGAUUACAAACUUUUUGAAAAUGAUAAUGAGUUUUUUAAAGAUGAUAAUAUAUCACUUUACCUGAUAACACCAGAGAUGCCAUUUGAUAAUUGGACAAAACUUGAUAAAUGGAUUAAAAAUCAUAGAUUAGAACAAGGCUUUGCAUUUACAAUAACUCAUAAUGAAAAGGAUAAGGAAGAUGGAUUAUUCAGAUGA